GUCCUUGUCCCGUAUAUCGAAAACCCGGGCUUUUUUGGCCGAUCUGAGAUUCUGAACGACCUUAGACGACAACUAGGUUACGACCAGCACCAGGGAGCCAAUAAGCCCCGGUCGAGGGUGUCGCUUUACGGUCUAGGUGGUGUUGGCAAGACCCAAAUUGCCUUGGCCUAUGUUUACUGGCUCCAAUAUACGUGCCCGGACAUAUCGAUAUUCUGGGUUCAUGCUAGUAACGAAGGACGUUUCCGCGAGGCGUUUGCUUCCAUUGCUCAGAAGUGCAACAUCCCGGGAUACAAUGAUCCAAAAGUCGACGUGCUACUGCUCGUCAAAACCUGGGGCAAGCGUCCGAUCGAGAUCGGCAGGAUGACCGACGGCGAGGCAAGCCAGCUACUACGCACGAUUCUAGAGGAUACUGAAAUCCCCACUGAAGAAACGUCCCUCCUUUCGACUCGGCUGGAACAUCUACCGCUUGCACUUGCGCAGGCGGCGGCGUUCAUUCAAGAAAACGACGUGUCCAUUCGUAGAUACGUUCAGCUUUUAGACCAAAGUGACUCUGGUCUGGUGGAUCGCCUAAGUGAGCCUUUUGAAACAGUCGGUAGAGAUUCGGAGACGCCGCACGCACUCACGGAAACGUGGAUCAUCUCCUUCGAGCAGAUCGAGCGACAGAAUGCCUUUGCCAGCGAGGUCUUAUCUCUGAUCAGUCUACUCGAUCGCCAGGCUAUUCCGGAAGAUUUCGUGGUCAAUUACUGGUGUCGCAGACAGCCGAAAGAGUCGGGGGAAAAUAAAGAAGCAGAAGUCGUUACAGCCCUGGGCACUCUGAAGGCGUUUUCCUUCAUCUCGGAGGAUAAGCAUCAAAGUAUAGACAUGCACCGGCUGGUACAGUUAGUAACGCGUAAGUGGCUAGUCGAAAAGGGCAGGACAGCCGAGUUCGCGCAGUAUGCUCUCGAGACGAUAUCGAAUAUUUAUCCGUACGGACGAUUUGAAACCCGGGAGGCAUGUCUCAAAUACCUUCCACAUGCUUAUGCUGUUCUAAGAAGCAAAAACACUAGCACAGGAGUCGAAGGAAUCGCAAGAGCGUCUCUUCUACACUGUGUGGCGGCAUACUUGCUCUAUUCAGGGCAGUGGGAGGGUGCGGAGAAACACCAACUUGAAGCAACAAACCUGAGGAAAGCCAUACUCGGUGAGGACCAUGCCGAUACGCUGACUAGUAUAGCCAACCUAGCGUCGACGUACAGGAACCAGGGCCGGUGGGAGGAGGCCGAGAAGCUGGAGGUGCAGGUGAUGGAGACUCGCAAGACGAAGCUCGGGGCGGACCAUCCCGAUACGCUGACUAGUAUGGCCAACCUAGCGUCGACGUACAGGAACCAGGGCCGGUGGGAGGAGGCCGAGAAGCUGGAGGUGCAGGUGAUGGAGACGAGCAAGACGAAGCUCGGGGCGGACCAUCCCGAUACGCUGACUAGUAUGGCCAACCUUGCUUUUACUUGGAAAGAUCAAGGUCGCCAUGCAGAUGCCUUAGCGUUAAUCCAGGAUUGCUCUCUGGCUCGAGAUCGAGUACUCGGGCCAGAGCAUCCAGACACCUUGUCGAGUCUAGCCGCGGUUGAAAAUUGGAGUUAA